CCGGAACGAAUGUUGUGAUCCCGCGGUUCUCGCCCGGACGUGUUCCCACAAGGCACCGCGUUCUCGUGAGUCGACAAAAGCUGUGGUGCUAGCGUUGAAAGAAGAUGUUUCUGACACGCUCAGAGUAUGACAGAGGUGUGAACACAUUCUCGCCUGAAGGACGAAUCUUCCAGGUGGAAUAUGCCAUCGAAGCCAUCAAGCUCGGCUCGACUGCGAUUGGUAUCCAGACCUCGGAGGGCGUUUGUCUGGCGGUGGAGAAGAGAAUCACGUCCCCCCUCAUGGAGCCCAGCAGCAUCGAGAAGAUUGUGGAGAUCGACUCUCAUAUAGGUUGUGCAAUGAGUGGGCUGAUUGCAGAUGCCAGGACACUUACAGACAGGGCAAGAGUUGAAGCUCAGAACCACUGGUUCACGUACAACGAGCGGAUGACGGUGGAGAGCGUCACGCAGGCCGUGUCCAACUUGGCACUGCAGUUCGGCGAGGAGGAUGCCGAGCCUGGUGCUAUGUCUCGCCCGUUUGGAGUAGCGCUGCUCUUUGGAGGAAUCGACGAGAAGGGACCACAGCUCUUCCACAUGGACCCAUCGGGCACCUUCGUACAGUGCGAUGCUCGUGCCAUUGGCUCGGCUUCCGAAGGCGCCCAGAGCUCUCUUCAGGAAGUCUACCACAAGUCUAUGACCCUGAAAGAAGCCAUCAAGACUUCCCUAACCAUCCUCAAGCAGGUCAUGGAGGAGAAACUCAAUGCAACCAACAUCGAGCUGGCCACGGUGCAGCCGGGUAAACUCUUCCACAUGUACACAAAGGAGGAGAUUGAGGAGGUUAUAGCAGACAUAUGAGCGCUGCAGCGUCGAUGAUGAGCAACGAAGUUAAGCCACUCUGCGUACAAAUCUCCUUUACACUUACACCGCAUUUUCAUGAGCCACAUCACCCGAGUUUGCCAUUCCGACAGCAAGUUUCCUUAUUUUGGGUCAAAACGACAAGUAAGUUGUGAAUUUGGGCCUUACCCGAAUUUUUCUAGGCUACUUUAGCUUCAUGCACUUGAUUCCCUUCGUCAUAAUUGAGGCGGAGAGAAAAUGCAUCGCCGGACAUGUUAUGAUAAAAAUGUGUGGGUGGUGGGAACGUUUAAUCUUGUCAACAACACGGUCCUGAGACUUUUCCUCGCAAGUAUUUACGGGAAAGUUCUGCUCAGAUCUAUUUCUGGGCAAGACCUGCCCAUCUUCCUUGACAACUCGGGUAACUCGGGAUAUCAUGGAAACAACACUUUAUAGGCAAAUCGAGUUUUCCUUCAAUUAGAGUUCUGGGAGAAAUCAGGGCAAUUCAGGCCAACUAGAGUCGGCUCAAGGUGGCUAUCUUACAGAGUCUGGGUAUAAUUUGUCUUUGCAGUUUCCUAUUUCAUCAAGGUGAAACUAGACAUCUUCGAAAGUGGUAAUUUUACCCAACUCUUUCAUAUUUUGAGCAUUUAUGAUAAGAAUUCAAACAAAAACAUCCCUGUUGUACUUUUUCACAAAAGAAAUCUGCCGCCACAUUGUUGCUCAACUGGAAAAUAAACGGUGUUUUGUUAAUGGA